UGUAACAAGGCUUUGAAAGCAAGCUGAGAUCUGUACUUCGGGACUAAAUUUCCAAAAGCACCGAAGCUCAGACUUCCCAACAAAUGCAAGUAACCAUGCAAUCGCAGUCUUAAUUUUAUUUGGCAUAUUUUCUUAUUUUUAUUUCCCCUUAAACUGAGAAAACAGGGAAAAAACGCUAAAGAAACUUUCUGAUAAGAAGAAUACAAAGGGUUUUUUUAAUCCUACUGUUUUCUGUGCAAUACUUUUUUCCUUUCAACACGUGUAUUUUUCCCGUCUUUUAUAUUGAAAGCAGACAGUGGGUAAAUGUGGCAAAAAUGACACCGACCGCUCCACCUUAACUGCUGGGGCGUAACCCCAGUGACGGGGAACCAAAUAAGAAGAACGGAGCCGGCUGAGCUUCACACCAGCAACGUGGGGCAGAAGGUGCCGAUCCGAAGCGAUGGAACUCUACCAGGUCUCCUCUUGCGAUCUCCAAGGGUGGAUUGCUGCGCAACAGCCUAGCGAGGAGUUCCUGGAGAUCAUCCAAGCUGUCGUGCAACGAAUCUGCAAUUUCUUGAGACAUGGUUUCUCCAUAAAUGCUAAAGUAAUCAAGUUGGUAAAGGCAGGUUCUGCUGGGCAAGGAGUAAUGCAAGACAAUUCAGAUGCUGAUCCAAUUCUACUUCUCAACUGGUUCUCCAGUUAUGAAGAUCAGAGAGAGAGGUCUGCAUGUGUGAUUGAUUCCUUGAAGCAGGGUGUGAUCCAAGAGGAACGGAAUCUCGCCUACAAAGUUAAUAUCUUGUCUUCAGAGGCAAAGGAAGGACCACCAUGCUCACUCUUGUUGACUCUCCAAUCAAAAAAUAAGAAGGAGUCUGUGGAGGUGAACAUCCUUCCAGCAUUUGAAGUUUUAGGGCAGAUAACUUUGACAUACAAGCCACCUCCCAACGUCUAUGUGGAUCUGAUCCAGGCCACCAAGGACCCUGGCGAGUUCUCUACUUCUUUCAUCGAAUUGCAGAGGAACUUUGUGAAGCAGUGCCCUGAAAAACUCAAGGAUCUGCUGCGACUGGUCAAGCACUGGUACAAGGAGAACCUCAAAAAAGUUUACCCGUCAUCAUCUUUGCCCUCCAAGUUUGCCCUGGAGUUGCUGACCAUAUAUGCCUGGGAGGAAGGAACAAAAAAGGCAGAAGAGUUCAACAUGGCAGAAGGGUUUUGCACUGUGAUGAAGUUGUUGGUUCAGUACAAAGACCUCUGCUUCUACUGGACUGAGUACUACACACUUGAGGAUCCCACAAUAGGGACACAUGUGAAAGAAAAGCUGAGGGGGACACGUCCGGUCAUUCUGGAUCCAGCAGAUCCAACAAGAAAUUUAGGCAUGGAGAAUGGUUGGGAUCUGUUGGCCAAAGAAGCUUUCAGCUGCCAGAACCAGCUAUGCUGCAAGAAAGAUGGUGUUUCUGUUAAGCCCUGGACUGUGCAGCCAGCCAGAGCUGUUCAAGUAAAGUUGAAGCAGCAGAAAGGAACAAGCCAGGAUCUAUCAUGCAGCCCCUAUGAUACCAUUGGGCAGAUCAAAGAGAAGUUUGGAUUAGAAGGGCAUAUCGGCAUCUACGAGAAGCGCACAGCCAUGCAGGAGCUUGGUGUAGAGAAUGCAGUGCUGCAGAAUGACAAGGCGUUAGCUGAUUAUGGUGUGUUCUAUAAUAUCACUCUCCUGCAGCUCCAUACUAAGCAAUAGCAGAUAGAAGCUUGUGUGAAAACAGAAACUCAGUUAAUAGCAGAACCUCAGGUCUACAGACACUUGCCCGGUGACACCACUGGCGUAAUGCCCAUUGGGCAAGGUAGGCAGCUGCCCAGGGCAUGACCUUGUGGGGGGCAUCAAAAUGCUGGGUUCGUUUUUGGAUAUUUUUAGUGGUUUUCCAUUGUUGGCCUUCAG